AUGGGAUUUUUCGGCGAUUUGAUUGCAAAGCUUGAGGUUAUGUCGAUUACACCAAUAACGGAGCUGUUACAAGCCGUUUUUGCUAUACUGGCAACACUAAACCUGAAAAUAGGAGGAUAUCCGGAGCAAACCGUUUUGCAAAACUUUACAUCUUACGACAUAAUUAUUAUCGGCGCUGGUUCAUCAGGCUGUGUUCUGGCCAACCGACUCUCUGAGAUCUCAAACUGGACAGUGCUGUUACUGGAGGCUGGAGAGGAUCCUUCAAUCGAAUCCACGAUACCUGGAUUGUUUCCGUUCGUUGAUUAUUCAUACGAAGAUUGGAACUACAGAACCGUCAAUGACGAUUAUUCAAGUCAAGCGCACGCAGAAAAAAAUAUUCAUUUGACCCGAGGCAAAAUGGUUGGCGGCUGUAGCGGGUCAAACUACAUGUAUUACAUCCGAGGAAACAGACAUGAUUAUGAUUGUUGGGAAGGAAUGGGCAACAAAGGGUGGGGCUACAAAUCAGUACUUCCAUAUUUUAUUAAAAGUGAACGACUUGAAGAUGACACAAUAUUGAAGAGCCCAUCUGGAUCUUUCCACGGGACAGAAGGUUACCUCGGUGUUACGAAACCAGACUGGGGGGAUAGAGUAGAUGACUAUUUUACAGCAUUCAAACAAAAUGAACGUAAAGUUAUAUUGGACCAGAACGGACCGGAGCAGAUGGGUUACGCACUACCGACAUUCACUGUUGCUGAUAAUGUUCGCCAGAGCACAGGCUACGCUUUCUUGAGACCCAUAAAAAAUCGUAAAAAUUUGUUUCUUUCAAGAAACUCUUUUGUCAAAAGAAUUUUAUUCAAUGAUGCAAAAGAAGCGGUGGCUGUUGAAAUAGUUCGAGAUGGUGAAACAUAUUUCGUUGGAUCCAGAAGAGAAAUAAUAAUAUCCGCUGGUGCAAUAAACAGUCCGAAACUGUUGAUGUUGUCAGGAAUCGGCCCAAAAGAGCAUCUAACUGAAAUGGCCAUUCCAGUUAUUAGUGAAUCACCUAAUGUCGGAAAAAACUUACAAGACCAUGCCACUGUUCCGUUUAUCAUCACUGAAAAUAAAAGUAAGGUCACUGUUGUCCAAAAUCUGGAAAUUUUUGCUAAUUUAGAUGAAAUGCCCGCACCGUGUCUCAUGGGUUUCGCCGCCAUCAAUAAAACGCAAACUAUACCAGACUACCAAGUUAAAUUUUUCGUGUUUCCCGUUGGUACCAUAAUCCCUGUUUGGAUUUGUAAUUUUGUGUUCGGCUUGGCUGACAGCAUUUGUGUGUCUAUGGCGAAGGCAACACAAAGCAAAGCUGUUAUUUUAGUUCUUGUAAUCCUUUUGUAUCCGAAAUCUACUGGCAAAGUCAUUCUUAAAAGUAAUAAUCCAGAAGAACCACCCUUAAUUUACACAGGCUAUUACUCUCAAGAUGAAGAUUUAGAAAAUCAUGCAAAAUACAUACAAGAUUUCUUGACUGUACUCGAUACAGAGUACAUGAAAAAAACGAAUGCUAUGCCUCUUGACUUGGAUGUAACAAAUUGCGAAGAUUAUGAAUUUAACACAUUCGAAUAUUGGAAGAGCUAUGCUUUGAACACGGCUACAACUCUCUGGCAUCCUGUCGGUACUUGCGCUAUGGGUCCUGAAGGAGUAGGGGUAAUUGACUACAAACUGAGAGUACAUGGUGUGAAAAAACUGAGAGUCAUUGAUGCCAGUUCGAUGCCGAAGAUAGUCGGUGGGAAUACAAAUGCUCCUACUAUCAUGAUUGCUGAUAAAGGAGCUGAUAUCAUUAAAGCAGAUCACGGUUUUCUUGGAGAUCCUGACAACUAA